AUGACUUACACAAACGCACAUCGUCUUUUCGUUCAAGCCUCUAUGUCAGAGCGCUUCUUCACGGAAGCCAAGGCUAUUGAUAUGUAUACAAAAGCUUGUAGCGCAAAUAAUGGUAGUUGUUUCUCGCAAGAGUUUGAUUUACCGGCUCCAGAAGAGUUUCAAGAGUUUAUCUCAACAAUUAAUCAAAAGCUUAAUCUUGUUGAUAUGGAAUUUCGAAGAAGUCAUGAUGAAGAUGAUGGAAAUCCAGUUUGGGCUCUAGUCAACACUAAUGGUGAUGAAAUUGCAAAAUUAGCUACAGAAUACUCGCCUGCUGAGAUUUCAUACUUCAAACGAUUGAUUGAACUUAUCGUCACUGCGGAUGAUGACGCGUUUUCCGCAUCUUCGAUUAUGGCGUUGAAAGAAGCUUCAAAAAUCAAGACACAACUUUCAAAAAGUGCUGCAGAAAUUCUUUUGCAACGAUUUGUUGAUGAUAAAUGGCUGGUUCAAUCACAAAGUGGAAAAUAUUCUAUGAGCCAAAGAACAAUUCUCGAAUUGCAAGCUUAUCUGAAAGAUGAAUUCGAAGAAUAUCUUAUUGAAUGCACAUUAUGUUAUGAUAUUGUUACUAAGGGUCAACGCUGUGAUGUACUGGAGUGUAAAUCACGUUUUCACCAUCAUUGUGCACGUCGUUUUUUUUCGUCGCAAAAUGAAAAAGUUUGCCCAGCAUGUAAAAUUGCUUGGAAGAGUUCUAAUAUUGUUGGUGAACCACUAAGAAUAUCCGAAGGUAGUUCAAGAAGAAAUAAACGGGCCAUACCUGAAGACGAUGAUGAUGAUUUAUAUCAAUAA